GCGUGUUUUUAUAUUUCCAAGUGCCCUGUGUUGUUUUAAAGUGAGCAUCGAAGAUGGGAUUGCUGAUCUCAAGAUUUCGACGCAAAAAAACUACACAAGAAGUUCUGGAACGUUUAGAAACUCAAAUAAAAGGCAUCGAAAGAGAUGGGCAGUACAAAGAACAAGCCCAUAAACGAGUCAUAGGGUACAUGAUGGCGUAUUCAGUGGGAUUCUACGUGCUGUUUGCCGUAUUGUAUUACUAUAUGUAUGCUGGAAAGAGCCAACAUUGGGUCCAUUCUUUGCUAUAUGCCUCGCCGCUGCUCGUUUUGCCAAUUCUUGUCAUAUUCCUACGUUCCGGUAUAUCAUGGUACUACAACUGGUCGUUAAACAAGAACAGAUUAAAGCUUAACAAACUGAAAGAAGAGAAAAAGAAAAUACUUGAAGAUGUUAUGAAUACCGAAACUUAUAAGGUGGCAAAGCAAAUCCUGGACAAGUACGGCAGCCCAGACGACCAGUCGAAAGCACUGAAGCCUUUCAUUCCCUCGCUUAAUGUUCCCGGUAAAACUAGCACGCCCCAAGCAACUCCAGGUCAACUGCGACAACGGCAAUUGAUGACGUCCACACCAAUAAACAACAUGCACACUAAUAUGAAUUUGGUACCAGUUGACACCCCGGCUGGCUUUAGAGGACCAUUAUUGAGGUCAGAACAACUCCCUCGGCCGCUUCUAGACAGGAACCGCUCUGCAUUAGACAAAGUGGUCGAUUACCUAUUAAAGGACGGCCCCAACCAGCGCAUGGCACUAAUUUGCACCGAGUGCAGCUCGCACAAUGGUAUGGCGCUAAUGGAAGAAUGGGAAUACGUGUCAUACCGCUGCGCGUACUGCGGCAAGUUCCACCCCGCACGUAAGCAACGCCCCGCCGCGCCACUGCUUUCCACACCCGCGCGUGCCUUACCUGCACCUAGAGCUAUUACUCUUGGUUCCGAAAUUGAAUCUGAUCGCCCCUCCUCGCCCGAAGCGGCGAAGUCCGAUGCCGACAAGAAAGAAGACUGAUGAAGGUUCUUAUGAUAAUGUAACGAGUGGUUCAUAAAGAGCGAUGUUGAGAGUGGGGUACCUAUAACACAAUGAUGACACUGUUAAUUCGUAAGUUUUCAGCGAGGGACAAAUCUAGUGUAAAUUGCGCGCACGCAGUUACGCCUGAUCGUGAAUAAGACGCUUUAACGUAAAUGCUUUGGUAAUUGAGUAAAGUAAUUAUUAAACAAAGCGCGAAUACAGUGAAAAUUCAGUUCGAUCCGGUUCGAACCAACGUCUGCCAGCGAACCGUGCCAGACGCUAUGCCAACUAAGCAACUUCGAUGUUUAAUAACUAUUACAAACUAGUGGAGUAAUUUCAUAAAAAAUAAUUGAAUAUCAUGAUGGUAAACCAUCGUGACAUUAUAAUUGCGCAUUUGUUUAAAAAAAAUUCCCCAUCCCGUUUUUUAUCUAGUCGAUUGGAAUAACCGGCGAAACGGCUAUCCCAUAUUGCAAAGUGUUGUUUUACAUUCUCUAUAAAUUCUUCAAUUUUCAUUCAUCAUGGUUAAUUUAAAAAAUUAAUAUGUACACCUCACUAAUCGUGACUGCAACCGCGCGUGACUGCAGCACGACUCUCGCGUGAUUGCAGCGCUUCUAGAAAUUGUAUGAAAAGUGAUAGUCACGCGGCUGCACUGCUGCAGCGCGUCUAACAGCGGCUAAUUUGAACGCUCCCUUAUUCUACCAGCAUAGGGUUGCUACUUUAAAACAUCUAAUGUGCAUUUGACGAAUAUUACAGGAGAACGAUUUAAAAUCAUAACUCUAAUUUUAUUUGUUAUAAGGAAAACUAGAAAGUUUCAGCUAGCCGCCGAUGGUAGCUAUAAAGGUACUUCUCUGAGUGAAGAAGUACAU